AUGGCGCUUUGGCUGCAGGUGGGUCUCCUGCUGGCCAGCUUAUCAACGGCGGUGCGAGGGCGAGUGGAGGAAGAGCUGUCUCCGGAGUGCAGGGCGUUCCUCUACAUGGGAACGCCGCCGACGGGCCUGGAGCACCACUCCGUCAAGUACAUUUGUCAGUUUUACAACAAGAAGCCGCGCUACGUGACCCUGUACAGCACCGAGGACCACAUCCCUAUCUACUCCGCCUACACCUUCAAACGCUCCGAUGGGGAGAAGUGCAUAGAUGUUCCCUGGAUGUACGAGCCUCAGCUGUCCACUUCUUUAGGCACAGACGAGAUGCAGCCCUUCCCGCGUGGUUACAUGCACAUGAAUUUCGAAGACGCCCAGGCGGUUCUGGACGACUACACCAACGCCAUAUACCACGAGCGAGGGACCCUGAACCCGGACGAGCAUCAGAACGAGCCGGACGACAAGGCCUCCACCUACACCCUCACCAACGUGGUGCCCGUGGUGCCCGACUUCAACGACAGGAUCUGGAACAAGCAGGAGCACGUCGUCCGCAAACGGCUCAACAACUACUGCCGCGGCACGGCCUACGUCGUGACCGGCAUCACCACGUCGGGGACGAUGAUCCGCCGGGAGAACAUGAACCGCAUCGCGGUGCCCGCCUACCUGUGGUCGGCUUACUGCUGCGCCGACUACGACCACAACACGCCGUUUGCCGAGCGCUACAAGUUCCCGUCGUUUGCGCAUUACGGCCUGAACCAGGAGGACACCAGCCAGAUGGUGGAGCUCUCUGUGCAGAAGCUGAAGGAGUUCCUCAAGAACACCAAGUUUGUGAACCCGGACUUUCAGAUUUUUGUCGGGGACUGCGACCCUCAGUCAUCCGGGAAAACCGAUUAACCAAAGCACU